AUGCCCAAGAAGAACGUCGUUUCGUGGAACACCCUCUUUGGCUGGUACGUCAAGACGGGGCGUCCCGAUGAAGCCCUGGAGAUGUUCCUGCGCAUGCUGGAGGAUGGCGUUAGGCCCACGCCGGUCAGCUUCGUGAACGUCUUCCCGGCGGCGGGGAGCGGCGAUCCCAGCUGGCCAUUCUUGCUCUAUGGUUUGCUGAUAAAGCAUGGGGUGGAGUAUGUCAAUGAUCUCUUUGUUGUCAGCUCGGCGAUCGGCAUGUUCUCUGAGAUUGGCGAUGUGCAGACAGCUCGGAUGGUGUUUGACCGUGCUGCCAAGAAGAACAUUGAGGUUUGGAACACGAUGAUCACUGGGUACGUGCAGAAUGGGCAGUUUUCUGAAGCCAUGGAUCUCUUUAUCCAGAUACUGGGGUCUAAAGAGGUUCCAUCGGAUGUUGUGACUUUCUUGUCAGCCGUCACAGCGGCGUCGCAGUCACAAGAUGUCAGGUUGGGUCAGCAACUGCAUGGCUACUUGAUGAAAGGAAUGCACAGCACACUGCCUGUGAUACUGGGUAAUGCGCUUGUCGUGAUGUACUCGAGAUGCGGCAAUGUUCAGACUGCAUUUGAACUGUUCGAUCGGUUGCCAGAGAAGGACAUUGUUUCCUGGAACACCAUGAUCACUGCUUUUGUGCAAAAUGAUUUUGACUUGGAGGGCCUGUUGCUCGUUUAUCAGAUGCAGAAAUCAGGUUUCAUUCCUGAUACGGUGACAUUGACUGCAGUGCUGUCUGCAGCAUCAAAUACAGGAGACCUUCAGAUUGGUAAACAGUCGCAUGGGUAUCUCAUCAGACAUGGCAUUGAGGGCGAGGGCUUGGAGAGCUAUCUAAUAGACAUGUACUCCAAGUCUGGCCGCAUAGACAUGGCUCAGAGAGUGUUUGAUGGCUAUGGGAAUAACAGAGAUGAAGUCACUUGGAAUGCCAUGAUAGCAGGGUACACGCAGAGUGGCCAGCCUGAACAGGCAGUCUUAGCAUUCCGGGCGAUGAUCGAGGCAGGUGUGGAACCUACUUCAGUGACACUUGCUUCAGUGCUUCCUGCUUGUGACCCCGUUGGAGGGGGUCACGGUUUCGGCGAGAGAGCACUAUCCCUCUUCUACUUGAUGCGAGACAAGGGGUUAAAGCCUGACGCCGUGACCUUCCUGGCAACCAUUUCAGCAUGUAAUUACUCUGGACUCGUCGAUGAAGGUCUUUCUUUGUACAGGUCAAUGGAAACAUUUGGGCUUUUAGCUACCCCUCAGCACCACUGCUGUAUCGUGGACUUGUUGGCUAAAGCCGGGAGGGUGGAUGAAGCAUACGACUUUGUAGAAAGCCUGGCUGAGGAUGGGAACUUCAUCGCCAUCUGGGGAUCGCUUCUGGCAUCCUGCAAAGCGCAAGGCAAGAUGGAGUUGGCAGCAUGGGCGACUGAGAAGGUGCUCAACAUUGAGAAGCAGUAUGGUCAUGCAGGCUACAAUGUUUUGCUGUCGCAGCUAUUUGCUGCUGAAGGUAACUGGAGUAGCGCUGAUAGUCUGAGAAAGGAGAUGAGAUUGAGGGGGGCGAGGAAAGAGGUGGGUUCUAGUUGGAUCAAAGUCCAGACUGCAGCAUUGCAGGACAGAUCUGUGGAGAGGAACCAAAAGCAAAAUUUCCCCGAAAAUGAGCAUGUGUUCUCGAUGCUGGAUGGGGAUACUUGCAGUACAAACGCAAUCAUUUAA